AUGAAUGGCCAACAUUUAGGAGUAAACCCCGUUGCACAUGGGGGAUUCAAGCCAAUGUGGGUCUACUCUGAAGAAAGCCCUAUUGGACUUAAAGUGGCUUACUUCCAGGUGAGCAUGCCCAUAAAGGCUGCUCUGCAACCUUUUAACUCACGCCCUUCCUCACGGGCUUGAUGAGCAACCGUUCACACGUGCAAGACACAAGUGACCUCUCCUGCGCAGGCGCCGUGAGCACCCCCUAGCCCACCGAGCCGUUCUCCCGGCGACUUGUAAGGCGAAUCGAACCCUGGAAUGGGGCGGAGCUGCUUGGACGUUUCAACCAAUCAGAGGGCGAGAUUGGGCGACUGACCCAUUUCCCGGGAAAUUUAAGUCUUGUUCCCGGCGGCUGCUGCUUUGCAAGCGGUGUGAGGUGGAGGCACAUCUUACCAACCAAUCUGUGCUUCCAGAACGUUGAUCAUGCCUACCACAAAUGAGCAAGAUGAACGCAUGAGGAAAUUCAAAAAUAAAGGCAAAGAUUUUGCAGAAAUAAGGAGGCGAAAAAUAGAGGUGAGAGUUGAACUUCGCAAAGCAAGGAAAGAUGAACAGAUCUUGAAGCGAAGGAACAUCUGUUUUUCUGCAGAAGGCAGCCUGUCUCCUGAGAAAGAAGAGAAGAACAUGGUUGCUCAGCUCUCUUUGACAGAAAUAGUCGAGGUGAUCCAAUCGGAGGACCCAUUUCUUCAGCUGAAGGCAGCACAGGCAGUCAGGAAGUUGCUAUCCAAGCAGAAGAAUCCACCAAUCAAUCAAGUUAUUGAAUCUGGGGUCAUUCCUAAAUUGGUGGAGUUCUUGUAUCAUCAUGAUGCUCCCAACCUGCAGUUUGAGGCUGCCUGGGCCCUCACCAACAUUGCUUCAGGAACCUCUGACCAAACGAAAGCUGUUGUAGAAGCCAAUGGCAUUCAAGGCUUGGUCAUUCUUUUGUCUUCUCCACACGUCCACAUCUGUGAGCAGUCGGUGUGGGCACUAGGCAACAUUGCGGGGGAUGGCCCUGUGUACCGAGAUGCCUUGAUUGGCUUCAAUGUGAUUCCACCUCUUCUGUCACUGGUGACACCUGCUACUCCUGUGGGCUUCCUGAGGAAUAUCACCUGGACACUGUCCAACCUCUGCAGGAACAAAAACCCACACCCUCCCCUGGAUGCUGUGAAACAGGUGCUCCCUACCCUAAGCUGUCUCCUGCAACACAAAGAUAAAGACAUUCUCUCUGACACCUGCUGGGCGAUGUCCUACUUGACCGAUGGUGCCAAUGAUCGCAUCCAGGUGGUGGUGGAGACAGGGAUCCUGCCACGGCUUGUAGAGCUCAUGAACAACACAGAGUUGCCCAUUCUGACGCCAGCUCUACGUACCAUAGGCAACGUAGUCACCGGGACAGAUGAACAGACUCAGAUGGCCAUUGAUGCAGGUGUCUUGUCAGUCCUACCACAGCUCUUACGUCAUCCGAAGUCAACCGUCCAGAAGGAGGCAGCGUGGGCUCUGAGCAACAUUGCUGCUGGGCCAUGCAGUCAAAUUCAGCAGCUUAUCACCUGUGGGUUACUCCCUCCCCUGGUAGAGUUGCUGACCAAGGGAGACUUCAAGGCUCAAAAAGAAGCUGUUUGGGCUGUGGCCAAUUUCACAACGGGAGGCACGGUGGAGCAAGUGGUGGAAAUUAUCCAGGCUGGAGUCCUCAAGCCUCUGCUCAACUUGUUGUCUGUCAAGGAUAGUAACACCAUCCUCGUGGUCUUGGACAGUCUCUCUAACUUCUUCCUGUCAGCUGAGAAGUUGGGUGAGACAGAAAAGUUGUGUCUUGUGGUCGAGGAGCUGGAUGGUGUGGAGAAGAUCGAAGCUCUCCAGACUCACGAGAACAACUUGGUCUAUCGCGCGGCCCUAGGCCUCAUUGAGAAAUAUUUUUCUGGUGAGGAAGCUGAAGACAUAAAUCCUGAAGCUGAACAGAAAAAAACUCUCCCUUUUAUGGCUGAACAGCAGGACUUUUACAACUUCUGAAAGAGCUCAGCUUGUUGCAUGCCUUCAAACGUGGUGAUACACGAUCGGGGCGGGGAGAAAAACGGGUUACACCUCUCAUUUGUUUG